CGCGCGCUCUCCCACACUCCGUGCUUCCUCCGGUUGAGAGAGCGAGAGGCGUCCAUACGCGCGCCACUUCAUCCAGGAGGGGGGGCUGGAUAUUUUAUGGACAGACCCUACACUCGUGUGGUGCUUAGAACAGAGACCAGACGCCGCGCGCACUUGUAGAGUAUGCCACGAAUUUGAACGUUGUUUUGAAGUACAGUCUGAUCUGGCAGCCUGAACGUGUCAAACACCAAGAGAUAUCCGGCGUUAAGAAGUACCGAAAACAGAUCAUCUCAGAAGUCCUCACUAGAGGAUUUGAAAUGACCGGGGCGUCGUAAAUUCGCCUCAGUAAGAAAAGGUGAACGUUUUUUUCUGGAGAAAGAAAAGUGUUCAUAUGGACACGGAGAAUGACACCUGUCACCAUAGACGCGACGUGGAGACGGGCAGUCCCCGCAUCAGCGCGAUCAUGUUCACCGCCGGAGUCAUUGGUAACGUUAUGGCGCUCGUGCUCCUGGAGAUCCGACGCAGGAAAGAACAGAGCAGACAGCGGCUCUCCCUGUUCCGUUUGCUGGUGACCACGCUGGUCAUCACGGACCUCACCGGGACAUGCCUGGUCAGUCCUCUCGUGCUGACAUCCUACUCGAUCAACACGACCAUGAUUGGGAUGAGCGAGAAGAUGAGCGGAACGAACGAUUCACGGGUCGUUUGCGAAUAUUUCGGAUUCACAAUGACUUUCUUCAGUUUGGCAACCCUGUCGAUACUCUUCGCAAUGGCUUUGGAGAGAUGCCUCUCCAUCGGGUACCCUUACCUGUACGGACGAUACAUCGGCAAGCGCUGUGGAUAUUUCACCGUGCCUGUAAUAUAUGUACUGUGCUUUGUUUUUUGCCUUAUGCCAUUUGCGGGCUUUGGAAGAUAUGUCCAGUACUGUCCCGGGACUUGGUGCUUCAUAGAUAUGAAUCCAAAAGGAACGGAGGACAGAGUUUAUGCCGAGGUUUACGCCACCGUCAUGCUCAUCAUAGUCGUGUCUAUAGUCGCCUGUAAUGCGUUUGUUGUCUAUCACCUGGUUCUGAUGUACCGGAGGCGUAGCAGAAUGAACGGUGGCUCCAUCACCACGCGGAGCAGGAGAGACCGUAGGUACUUCUCCAUGGCCGAAGAGUUCGAACACCUCAUUCUGCUCGUGUUCAUGACGGUGAUAUUCGUCAUUUGCUCACUUCCGUUAAUGAUCCGUGUGUACAUCAACUCCAUCGGUCGCGAUGAGAGCCACAAGACGGACCUGGUGGCCCUGCGCUUCCUGUCGGUCAACUCCAUCAUCGACCCCUGGGUGUUCAUCAUCCUCAGUCCGUCCGUCAUGCGCUUCCUGUGGGGCGCCAUGUGCAAGAGCUCCCUGCUGCGCUCCCGGGACUCCCUCUACCGGAGCUCGCUGGCCAAGAACUCGCUGGGCACCAUCAACAAAGACCCUCAGGCCCAGCUGGAGCUGUGCCCGGCCACGGGCAUCACCGAGCUCACGCAAACGCAAACGAACCUGUCGCACAAGUCUCCUCAGAUGGUGUGACCCGAGAGGACACAAGGGGGGUGUGGCACAGGGUGGCACGGGGUGGCACGAUUUGGGUUAAGUCGCACGUGUGAACUUCGCUCCGACGCGUAGCUUAGAGGAUCGCGAGUGAUUCUCCGAGAGAGUUGAAAAGGGGCGGAGCUGAGAAGAGGGUGUUUGUAAAUAAGCUGUCAUCGAUACUUAAACAACUUCAAGGAAGUGAGACUAUACGCCCCGCUACUUCUGCCCUGGCAUGAGGGACCAAUCAGAAGCAUCUGCCCUGGCAUAAGGGACCAAUCAGAAGCGUCUGCCCUGGCAUAAAGGACCAAUCAGAAGCGUCCGUGGGUCUCCCUUCAGCGUCCGGGGCACACCCUUCCUCCACUCACAAUGACCACAGAAUGCUGCUGUUUUGGGGAGUGGAGGAAGCUGCUUUGUUUGUUUGUUUGUUUGUUUUCUAAGACGGACUUGAGGCUCCAGUGGAGACUUCUGCUGACCUGUGCUGAUGCUUUAACUCAGGGUGACCAAGGCUGGGGAACAGGCACACAGAAGCUGGACACACACACACACAUGCACACACACACACACACACACACACACACACACACACACACACACACACACACACACACACACACACACACACACACACACACACACACACACACACACACACACACAACAGAGCAGUACCGUCGCAGGUUUUAGGGGCAGGGGGUGACUUCCUGACGCCUCCCAAAAGGGCUUGCAGAGUUUGCAGCAGAACUGGGGGGAGUCUUAAAAAUGCGCCCCCCCCCAGGGCCUUCCCCCCGUCCCUCCCCCCAGAGGAAUGAUUGAUGUCAUCCGACGUUGGUGCAUGUGUGCUGUGCUGUGCUGUGCUGUGAGAGCGCGAUGUGGAAAUUCCCAUGUAGGUCUCGGAGUCGUUUCGGAGUUUAGAGAGAAGUUCGUUCAUCCCGAAAUCAGUGACCCCUUGGGGCGGCCGAUAAAAAAGAAUGCAGCUGUGACAUCAAACAAAGAGCGCUCUUAACGCACGCACGGCGUCUGGACAUCGCUGCCACUCCACUCGACAGGCUGACCACAUGUUCUCCCACCAAAUAGCCUUUCGCCCUCAUAGCCUGAGUCUGGGUCAACACACUGGCUCUCCGCAAGUCGAAGCGCGAUGAGCCCCUUCUUGUUUUGACUUUCCGUUGCUUUACUUGAGAAAGCGCGUUGCGCAAGGUCCAUUAUUUUCACUAGGGGCAGACCCAAAUCCCACUCGCCCAGAGAGAAGGUGGAGGGGGCUGCUAUCUCUGUGCUGACAAGACACUUUUGUAGUAUUACCAGUUUUAUGGAUGUAGCUUAUAUAUAAGUGUCAUUCAAAGUGUGCGUUUGACUUCGCUAAAUGGGGUCAAAGAGAAAGCUCUGACUUAUUUAAAGUGCUCAUUUCACUGCAUUGGUGGUUUAUAUGAAUGUGUGUGUGCGUGUGUGUGUAUUUGAGAGAGAGAGAGAGAAUGUGUUUGUAUGUAUGUGUGUGUGUGUGUGUGUGAGAGAGAGAGAGAGAAUGUGUGUGUGUGUGAGAGAGAGAGAGAGAGAGAGAGAGAGAGAGAGAGAGAGAGAAUGUGUGUGUGUGUGUGUGUGUGUGUGUGAGAGAGAGAGAGACUUAAUAAUGUGUCCAUAAGUGUUUUAGUAACCAUGAUUCAGAUGGUUGGUUUUGAUGGUAAAUGAGUUAUUACCUGCUGUUGGGAGACUGUGAGUGCACUGGCCUUUGUCAAGUUUGUCCAUGCUAUGGUAUUUCUGUACAUGAGAUAUAAGAGGAUGUUGUUUGUGAAUCCCCGUAAACUUGUGUUUUAUUUAAUCGUGUUUGUUGUUUAAAACCUUGUGUCUGAUCUGCAUGUGAAAGUAAUUUUCCUCUGUAAUUAAAAACAACAUGUUA